AUGCAAUAUUCACAUUCUCCCCAAGACAGAUCUACAUCAGCUUUGACAUUCAUUCCUUUCCAGCAAAGCGGCCACGACAUUGCUCCUGCUGAUCGGUGGGCCCGGUGCGGUCAUAGACAGCCUGUCGCGAAGGGAUCACAGAAUCCACUCAAGACCCUGAAUGCUUUGAACUGUUUGGUUCGCGAUGAAGCCGAUCAAACAAUGGCUAGCGAGGCCGAUCAUUGGGGCCGUCGAGGCUGUGCGAGACUCGAAGAUCCCAAAGAACAGACCACAGACCAUUGUCUUAAGGCGACACAGCCCCACUCCAAUGCGAGACUACUGUUUAGCCUGGUGGAGGACAACGCCAGUGUUCAUUAUCCUCCACGUCAAAAUGGGCAGUUUGAGCGCCAACGCCACGUGGAAUCCAUGGUACUAGGCACACGCGUGUUGGUGGAUACAGCAACUCGAAAUGUCUACAGAUUGGCCGCAGGCCAUGUCCACCCGCGGCACGUUAAGACUUUCACCCGUCCGACCAUGGCUCAAGCGCAAACUCAACCUAUGAAAGAGGUUAGAGGCGCCCCAAAAGCCAAGCUUUCGCUACCAAGGGCCAAAGCGGCCCCUAACUUUCACCCCGGCUUCAACGAAGGCGGCUCCCCUGAGUUUACGCCCCAGGUGGCCAAUGAUAUGCGGCAAGAAUGA